AUGUAUGAACCACAUUUUGAUGACAUAGCAGAUGCCAAUGAAGAAAAUGAAUUAGCGGUUAGUCAUCAAUCAGAUACCAACACAUCCCCCGCAAUGUUAUCUCCGAACAGUUCGCGGCCGACCAUUCAUUGGGGUCCAGUUGUCGAAGGAGAUUUCAACGAAAAAGAACAGAUCAACACCGAUACUGAUCACUUCGAUGCAUUAUUUGCACGCUCAAACGCUGCACCAUCUCAUCCGCGUUGUUACAGUUCAUGUUCACCAGCAAACGCUCCACCUCUACUAUCUCCUGAAAGUUCUACGCAUCUUACGGCCAAAUCUCAACCGUUACUUUCCUCUUCGCCUUCGUCGAAACCGAAAACUUCCUCUGACGUUUCUUCGGAUACAGCUCGUCGAACAUCGAUUUCUUCUUCACCUCCGAAAACAGCUCUACAAGCAAAUCCUCCUUCGGCGCGUACGAAACGUAAAAACUUUUCCCUAACACACACUGCUCAAACGUUUCUCCAAGCUUCAAAUAGUCAAAUUGAAUCCGUAGAACCAUUAGCUCGAUCAUGUUCCUAUAAACGUCCACAAUCGAUAAAAAAAUAUCGACAAAAGAAAGAAAAGGAAAAGGAAAAAGAAAAGGACAAAGAACAACAACAAAAACAACAAGAUUUUCCUUCGCGUAAAUAUAGCGCUACAGCCGUACCACAGAACAACUAUGCUUCUCAUACAGGAGCAUCUGAUUCUUCUCGCAAGUCAAUUUCGGGUACUACAGGCAGAAUCUCCGCAACUGAGCCAAUGACAUCCGCAGACGAUUCUCAAGAUCAAUGGACGAAUCAGAAUACUCAAAGAUCGGAACGACUCGGUUCAUUAACAGUUGAUCAAUUGCAGCUACCAACUGACGGUGAUGAACAAAUCUAUCUUGUCCGACAAUUUCAUACAACAUCGAAAGGUUUUGUUAAUCGAGGAGAUUCAUUUAAACGUUCAAUUAAACGAAGUGGUUCAACAAGUCGUCGUAGUUCAUUUCGAGUGAAUGCCAAUCUCACAACGACUGAUCGCACCUCCUCCCCCGAACAUGAUCUUAAUCAUUCUCCAACAUCACCGAAAGAGAUUCGGACAAGUACAAACUCGCUCACAAACUCUCCUGGACUCAAUCUCAACGGAAUUCUUGACACUCAUUUCAUUGAAAAUAAUCCUUUACAAAUGACUGUUUCCACACCUGAUCAAAAUGAAAAUGAUGAGGACGAAGAUGAUGAUAAUCCACUUGUCGAACGUAUUCAAACAGAAGAUGGUCGUGUACAAGACGUACACGUUUAUCAAGUUUAUCUGCUCGGUAUGAGUGGAACAGGAAAAUGCUCACUGAUGAGACAAUUCAAAACGACCGAAUAUCGAGGAAUCUAUGAUUAUUCAAGUUCACUCGAUGAUGAUCCGGAUAAUACCGUACCAAUUAUGCUUGAUGGAAUUGAAUCACGUUUACAUAUAACUACGAUCGAUAUCGAUCAAGUCAAAUCUAGUGUGACAGGCGAUGCGUAUAUUGUUGUUUAUUCAAUAACUGAUCGACAAUCGUUUCAAACGGCUAUUCAAUUGGUAAAAAAUCUUCGUGAAAAUGAACUGGUUUACCAUCCAUCGUCUAUCAAACGACCCAUGCCGAUUAUUCUAGUAGGAAAUAAAUCCGAUCUUGUUCGCAAACGCUCAGUAACCAAAGAAACUGCUAGACAUGCUGCAUUCAAACACAAUUGUAAAUUUGUCGAAACGUCUGCGGCAAUCAAUGAUAAAGUCGAUGAUCUGUUAGCAGGAACAUUAAAACAAAUUCGUAUCAAUGAACACAUUCGUAACGAACUGAAACGACGAUUAACAAUCACCAAUGGAAGUAUCGAUACGAAUGAUUCUGAUACUCCAAUCUUAACCAAUACAUCCUCACGCAAAAGUUCACCGCUGUACAAUCGAAAUUCAAAGAAUAUCUUCACGAAGUUUUUCAGUGUUUUCCGCAAGAAACCAACACGAUUGUUAUCAGAUGUUGAAAAUCUAAAUACCAGCAUUUGA